AUUUCCCAGAAUGUUGAAAAUGAUGAAUGCCAACAACAACAACAAAAGGAACGCAUGCCAUGGGAGGCACCUGGCAAGCAGGGAUUAUAUGAUCCACAGAAUGAACAUGAAGCCUGCGGUGUUGGCUUCAUUGUGGCCAUCGAUGGUAAACGGUCUCACAAGAUUCUUCGUGAUGCCCAGACCCUGUCAGAACGGAUGAAUCAUCGUGGUGCUUGCGCCUGUGACAAUGACACUGGCGAUGGUGCUGGUGUUAUGGCUUCUAUUCCCCAUGAUUUGUAUGCCAAAGCAUUGUCUUCUGAUGGUAUUACCUUACCUGAGCUUGGUAAUUAUGCCACCGGCAUUUUCUAUUUGGAUGAGAAAACUCACCAACAAGCUGAGCAAGAAUUCAAUGAUUUGGCCAAAAGUCUGGGUCUAGAAGUGUUGACAUGGCGCAGCGUUCCAACCAAUCAAAAUGCCAUCGGCACUGUGGCCCGUAGUUCAGAGCCUUUGUCACGUCAGGUGUUUGUUGUACGUCCGGCUGGUAUGGAUGAUAAUACGUUUAAACGUCAAGUAUUUGUGGUGCGUAAACGUGCCAGUCACGAACUGACCAAGGAGGGUCGUCGCUUCUACAUUUGUUCGUUGUCCUCGAAAACGAUUGUCUACAAGGGUCUCUUUACAUCCGAUCAACUUUGGAAUUACUACACUGAUCUCAAGGAUCCACAAUUUGAAACAUAUCUGGCAUUGGUACAUACACGUUUCUCCACCAAUACGUUCCCCUCGUGGGAACGUGCCCAUCCUUUGCGUGUCUUGGCUCACAACGGUGAGAUAAAUACAUUGCGUGGCAAUGUCAAUUUAAUGAAGGCACGUGAGGGUGUCAUGCAGAGUGAGGUGUUUGGUGAAGACUUGAAAAAGUUGUAUCCCGUUGUCGAACCCAAUCUCUCCGAUUCCGGUUCAUUUGAUUGUGUACUGGAAUUUUUGACGGCAGCAAGUGAUCGUACGUUGCCCGAGUCGGUCAUGACUAUGGUACCCGAGGCGUGGCAAAACGACAAGACAAUGCCGCAGGAGAAACGUGAUUUCUACCAGUGGGCUUCAUGUGUCAUGGAACCAUGGGAUGGUCCAGCAUUGAUUUCCUUCACCGAUGGUCGCUAUAUUGGUGCUGUGCUUGAUCGUAACGGUCUUCGGCCAUCUCGUUUCUACAUAACCAAAGAGAAUAUUUUGGUAAUGGCUUCGGAGGUUGGUGUCUAUGAUGUGGAUCCAUCCCAGGUUACAUUGAAGUCACGCUUGAAGCCUGGUCGCAUGUUAUUGGUCGAUACACAAGAGAAGAAAUUCAUUCAAGAUAUUGAACUGAAGACAUAUAUUGCAAAAUCUCGUCCACAUUCGGAGUGGUUACAACAAAAGAUUACCUUAGAUGAAAUUCGCAACGCCAAUGUUUUCAAUACCGACAAUGCCAAUGGUACUGUACAAACCGUUGCUGAUCCCAACCAAAGGGGUAUGUUGGAUCCUCGUCUGUCCUUGUAUGGCUAUACCAAUGAAACCGUGAAUAUGCUUUUGGUGCCAAUGUUUAAAAACAGGAAAGAAGCUUUAGGCUCCAUGGGCAACGACGCCCCCUUGGCUUGCCUCUCAACAUUCCAACCUCUACCAUAUGAGUAUUUUAAGCAAUUAUUCGCCCAAGUUACCAAUCCUCCCAUUGAUCCAUUCCGUGAGAAAGUUGUCAUGUCUAUGCAAUGUCCCAUUGGACCUGAAGCUAAUAUCUUAAAGCCUUCGGCCGAACAAGUCCAUCGCAUUUGGUUGAAUAACCCCAUACUAAGCAUUCCAGAUACAAAUCUCUUGAAGCGCAACACUCAUCGUGGCUGGAAGACCAAAGUUUUGGACAUAACAUUCCCCUAUCAGGAUGGUGUUCAGGGUUACAUCGAUUGUAUUGAUCGCAUUUGUCGUGAGGGUGCAAACGCCGCCUCGUCCGGCUACCAACUAUUGUUGCUAUCCGACCGUAAUGCCGGCCAGGAAGGCAAAGCUCCCAUCUCCGCCUUACUGGCCUUGGGUGCUCUGCAUCAUCAUUUGAUCGAAACAUACCUACGCAUGAAGGUGGGUAUUAUUAUUGAAACCGCUGAAGCUCGUGAAGUCCAUCACAUUUGUGUACUUUUGGGUUAUGGUGCUGAUGCCAUUUGCCCUUAUUUAGCCUUCGAAUUGGCUCAGGCUUUGCGCGAUGAUGGUGUCAUUAGUCCCGAUGUUAGUGACAAGCAAAUCUACUCGGCCUAUGCACAGGCCAUUGAUACCGGCAUUGCCAAGGUUAUGGCCAAAAUGGGUAUCAGUACACUGCAGUCGUACAAGAGUGCCCAGAUCUUUGAAGCUGUUGGCAUGGGUCCUGAUCUCAUCAAUAAAUGUUUCCGUGGUACUCCAUCACGUAUUGGUGGUGUUUCGUUGGAAAUGUUAGCCCGCGAAGGUUUGGAACGUUUCCAAAUGACCUACUGCAAGGUGUCGAUGGAUACUCGUAUUCUACGCAAUCCUGGUCAAUAUCAUUGGCGUCAUGGCGGUGAGGCCCACAUCAAUGAACCGGCAUCGAUUGCCAGUCUUCAAGAGGCCGCUAUAUCGAAUAAUACAAAUGCAUUUGAAGCCUUUAAGGCAACCACAAUGGAAAGUGUAAGACGCUGCACAUUGCGGGGACAAUUGGACUUUGUUAGUGAUCGUCCAAAGAUUGAUAUAUCGGAAGUUGAACCGGCUAGUGAAAUUGUAAAGAGAUUUGCUACUGGUGCCAUGAGUUUCGGUAGUAUUUCCCUGGAGGCCCAUCAAACUUUGGCCAUAACCAUGAAUCGCAUUGGUGGCAAGAGUAAUACUGGUGAAGGUGGUGAAGAUGCCGAUCGUUAUUUGAAUCAAGAUCCUCAAAAUAGCCGUCGUUCUGCCAUCAAACAAGUGGCAUCGGGCCGUUUCGGCGUUACCGCCUCCUAUUUGGCCAAUGCUGAUGAUUUGCAAAUUAAAAUGGCACAGGGUGCUAAGCCUGGUGAGGGUGGUGAAUUGCCCGGCUACAAGGUUACAAAGGAUAUUGCCAAAACACGUCAUUCGGUACCCGGUGUUGGUUUGAUCUCACCACCACCACAUCACGAUAUCUAUUCCAUUGAAGAUUUGGCUGAACUUAUUUAUGAUUUGAAAUGUUCGAAUCCCAAUGCACGUAUUUCGGUUAAAUUGGUGUCCGAAGUGGGUGUUGGUGUGGUGGCAUCUGGUGUGGCAAAGGGCAAAGCUGAGCAUAUUGUAAUUUCUGGCCAUGAUGGCGGCACCGGUGCCAGUUCAUGGACUGGUAUUAAAAAUGCUGGUUUACCCUGGGAAUUGGGUGUUGCUGAAACCCAUCAAGUUUUGGUUUUAAAUAAUCUACGUUCAAGAGUUGUCGUCCAGGCUGAUGGUCAAUUGCGUACUGGUUUUGAUGUUGUCGUUGCCGCCUGUUUGGGUGCUGAUGAAUUUGGUUUCAGUACCGCUCCCUUGAUUGUUAUGGGUUGUACAAUGAUGCGUAAAUGUCAUUUGAAUACUUGUCCAGUGGGUAUUGCCACUCAGGAUCCAGUAUUACGUAAAAAAUUCACCGGCAAACCAGAACAUGUUAUCAAUUUCUUCUUUAUGCUGGCUGAAGAUAUUCGUAAAAUCAUGGCCAAUUUGGGUAUACGCAAAUUCCAAGAUUUAAUUGGCCGCACCGAUUUGUUGCGUGUAGCCGAUAAACGUUCAACCAAGGCAAAUACCUUGAAUUUGUCAAUGUUAUUGACCGAUGCCUUGACUCUGCGUCCUGGCACCAAUAUUAUUGGCGGCUCGGUUAAACAAGACUUCCAAUUGGAAAAACGUUUGGACAAUGAAUUAAUUGCCAAAAUACAACCCAUAUUCAAUGGCACCGAGGAUAAUGUUACCGUCAAGAUGCGUAUCCACAAUGAGGAGCGUGCAUUUGGUUCGACACUCAGUUACCAUAUUGCUUGUAAAUAUGGCGAAGCUGGUCUUCCUCAAGGCAAAACAAUGGAUAUAUUCCUUGAAGGUUCUGCUGGCCAAAGUUUCUGCGCCUUCUUGCCACAUGGUGUCAAUGUCACCUUGAAGGGUGAUGCCAACGAUUAUGUGGGCAAGGGUUUGUGUGGCGGUACCAUUGUCAUUACACCACCCGAUACUGUACCCUUCGAAUCGCAUUUGAACGUCAUUGUGGGCAAUGUGUGCUUAUAUGGUGCCACUGAGGGCCGUGCCUAUUUCCGUGGCAUUGCAGCUGAACGUUUCUGUGUCCGUAAUUCCGGUGUCACAGCUGUUGUUGAGGGUGUUGGCGAUCACGGUUGCGAAUAUAUGACUGGUGGUCUGGUCGUUAUCUUAGGUUUGACUGGUCGCAAUUUUGCUGCCGGCAUGUCCGGUGGCAUUGCCUAUGUCUAUGACAUUGAUGGUUCCUUCAAGCCCAAGGUAAACCCAGAACUGGUAGAACUUUUGCCUCUUGAGUUGCCGGGUGAUGUUGCCCAAGUUAAGGAGCUUUUGCAAGAUUUCAUUGAGAAAACUGGUUCGAAAAUUGCCAAGGAUAUCUUGGAUAAUUGGGAUCAGGAACAAGCCAAAUUUGUUAAAGUAUUUCCCUUCGACUAUCAACGGGCCCUCAAAGAACUUGAGGCCGAAAAAGAAGAACAACAGAACAAAACCGACGAUGUUAAGGCCAUUGAAAAUGGCAAAGCCGCCCAUGAACCCACUGUAAAGGAUAUUGAAGAAACUAUCCAAGACGUGGCCUUGGAACAGAAGAGAGCCGAACGUGUUUUGGACAAAACCAGAGGUUUUGUUAAAUACAAGCGUGAAUCGGCUCCUUACCGUGAUGCUGGUGAACGUCAAAAGGAUUGGGAAGAGGUGUAUAACUUCCCACAUGUUCGCAAGAAUUUGAAAAUGCAAGCCGCCCGUUGUAUGGAAUGUGGUGUACCAUUCUGUCAAUCGAAUGCCCAUGGUUGUCCUUUGGGUAAUAUCAUACCCAAAUGGAAUGACUUGGUAUUCCAUGGCGAUUGGAAGGAGGCUCUACGUCAGCUGUUGCAGACCAAUAACUUCCCUGAGUUUACUGGUCGUGUGUGUCCAGCUCCCUGUGAAGGUUCUUGUGUCCUGGGUAUUUCCGAACCGGCCGUAACUAUUAAAAAUAUUGAAUGUGCAAUUAUCGACCAUGCUUUUGAACAAGGUUGGAUUAAACCAGAAAUUCCAGAAACUAGAACAGGCAAACGUGUUGCCAUUGUGGGAUCUGGUCCAUCCGGUUUGGCUGCUGCCCAACAACUUAAUCGUGCGGGACACUUUGUUACUGUAUUUGAACGUAAUGACCGUGUUGGUGGUUUGCUACAAUAUGGUAUACCCACAAUGAAAUUAUCCAAGAAUGUUGUCAAACGUCGUGUUGAUUUAAUGGCCGAUGAGGGUAUUGAAUUCCGUACCAAUGUCCAUGUUGGCAAAGACAUUAAGGCUGAGGUUCUAAUGAAAGAAUAUGAUGCCGUGCUUUUGACAACCGGUUCCACCUGGCCACGUGAUUUACCUUUGGAGAAUCGUGAUCUCAAGGGCAUACACUUUGCUAUGGAAUUCUUGGAGGCCCAACAAAAGAAACAAUUGGGUGGUAAAAAUGAAAUCAUCUCCGCCGAGGGCAAGGAUGUCAUUAUUAUUGGUGGUGGUGAUACUGGUUGUGAUUGUAUCGCCACUUCAUUGCGUCAAGGAGCCAAGAGUAUUACAACAUUUGAGAUUUUGCCCGAGCCACCAAAGGGUAGAGCUGCUGAUAAUCCAUGGCCACAAUGGCCCAAAGUAUUCCGAGUCGACUAUGGCCACGAAGAGGUACGCCUAAAAUGGGGCAAGGAUCCCCGCCAGUAUUGUACAACAACCAAAGAAUUCAUUGGUGAAAAUGGCCACAUUAAAGGUGUCAAAACCGUUGAAGUGGAAUGGACUAAAACACCCACCGGUGCCUGGAGCAUGAAAGAGGUGGCUGGCACUGAAAAACACUUCAACGCCGAUUUGAUUUUAUUGGCCAUGGGCUUUUUGGGUCCCGAGAAAACUGUACCCAAUGAAUUGGGUUUGGAAUUGGAUAAUCGUGGCAAUGUUAAAGCAUGCAAUGGUCCAUAUGGUACAUCUAAUUCGAAAGUAUUUGCUGCAGGAGAUUGUCGUCGUGGCCAAUCGUUGGUCGUAUGGGCUAUUACAGAGGGUCGCCAAGCAGCUCGACAAAUCGAUAGCUAUUUAACAGGCCGUCCUAGUGGUCUUCCGGGUCCUGGUGGUGUUGUGGAUCCCACCAAAAAGGCUUAAA